AUGGAAUUUCUAGUUCUCUGGGAUGGAAGGCGCGUCAGCAGACUCAGGAAGAUUCCGAAGUCCAUACUGAUAGUUGACGGGUAUGGCACAAUAUCUGAGGAAGAGAAGAGGAAGAUAAAAGAUUCUGCGGCCGAGAUGGACAUAGACUUCGAAGAAAGAACAACACACUACUCCCUUGUGAUACUCUGUAACACAGUCUUGAGGUUUAACCUAACCAAUCCGUUGACCCUGGCCGAGUGCGAGAUUUGGUUUAGUAGAAGAAUGUUUUCUUCGAAGGUAUUUGCAGAUGCCCUUGGCCACUACUCGGAAUGCGAGAUAAGAAAUGGGGUGUGA